GACGCUCCCUCGCCACACGUAAAAUGUCUCGCACUGGCUUCCCCGGUGCCUUCCUCUCUUCCUCCUCCCUCAUCGUCACCGUACCCUCCAACCAUCAUUUCUGGCAGUAGCAUGGUUCCCGCGCGAGGGUGACACCACCGAGGAUCCUUGUCCGAGGGGGGUAGGUAGCACGGCGUGCGGCCCCAUGGACGCGAAGAAGGUGCGGCCUAGUAUCGAAAUCUCCCCCUUAAUCGCAAAUAUGUGCUUCGAUUGACGCCUACUCGGAUUCCCUGGAGCGUGGAUUUGAUGGGCCCAGCCCCGUCGUCGUGGCCUGACCAGGGCUCUGAGGAGGCGCCGUUCUUCACAGACUACAGCGAGGCGAGCCGGUACGAGGUCACCGAGGUGGUCGGCAAGGGCAGCUACGGCGUGGUUGCCGCCGCCAUCGACACCCACACUGGCGAGCGCGUCGCCAUCAAGAAGAUCAAUGACGUCUUUGAGCACAUCUCUGACGCCACCCGCAUCCUCCGGGAGAUCAAGCUGCUCCGCCUCCUGUGCCACCCAGACAUUGUCCAAAUCAGGCACAUCAUGCUCCCACCUUCGCGGCGUGAGUUCCGCGACAUCUACAUCAUCUUCGAGCUCAUGGAGUCCGACCUCCACCAGGUCAUCAAGGCCAACGACGACCUCCCGCCCGAGCACCACCAGCUCUUCCUGUACCAGAUGCUCCGUGGCAUGAAGUACAUCCAUGCCGCAAAUGUCUUCCACCGGGACCUCAAGCCCAAGAACAUUCUCGCCAACAGCGACUGCAAGCUCAAGAUUUGUGACUUCGGCCUUGCUCGGGUGUCUUUCAGUGAUACACCUUCAGCGAUAUUUUGGACGGAUUAUGUAGCAACAAGAUGGUAUCGUGCUCCAGAAUUAUGUGGUUCUUUCUUUUCAAAGUAUACUCCUGCGAUUGAUAUCUGGAGCAUAGGAUGUAUAUUUGCUGAAAUGCUUUCAGGGAGGCCUCUAUUUCCUGGCAAGAAUGUUGUUCACCAAUUGGAUCUCAUGACAGAUCUACUUGGCACUCCUUCAUCAGAUUCAAUUUCCAGAAUUCGAAAUGAAAAGGCCCGCCGAUACUUGUGUAACAUGAGAAAAAAAUAUCCGAUUCCUUUUACACAGAAGUUUCCUGGUAUAGAUCCAAUGGCUCUUCAUUUGCUUGAGCGUCUACUUGCUUUUGAUCCAAAGGAUCGACCAACUGCGGCAGAGGCCUUGACAGAUCCAUACUUCACUGGAUUAGCAAAUCCUAAACACGAACCUAUAUCACAACCUAUCUCGAAACUUGAGUUUGAGUUUGAAAGAAGGAAGUUGGGCAGAGAUGAUGUUCGGGAACUAAUUUACAGAGAGAUUUUGGAGUACCACCCUCAGAUGUUGCAGCAGUUUCUUUGUGGUGAGGAUAAGGCAAAUUUUGUGUAUCCAAGUGGGGUGGAUCGUUUCAAGAGGCAAUUUGCUCAUCUCGAAGAAAGUGCUGCUACGGGUGAGAAAACUAGCCCACAGUUGCGGCAGCAUGCUUCCCUACCAAGGGAAAGAGUAAACGACAUUGGAGACGACCUUUUGAAACCAAGUGCUGAUUAUUGCAUAAGAUUGCAUGUAUGUGAGCAACCAGCACAUGCAUCAGAAAGAGAUGGUCCGAACAAGCCACUCUCAAGUUCUCGUAACUUCUUGAAGAGCGAAAGCAUUAGUGCUUCCCAGUGUGUUGUCAAUAAAAAAAAGCGAGACAAUGAUGAGGACUCUAUAUCUGAGCAUAUGAAUGACGCAGUUGAUGGUGUGCCACAAAGGAUUGCGCAACUCAAAACCUGACAACCUUGAGCCUCUCCUCGCAAGUGCAUCCAUGGCAAAAAGUUGUAGGAGGGACUUAGGAGGGGCAACAUGGGUCCAACGAAAGUAGGAGGGGCUGGAGCCCCUCUAGACCCACCGUUGGCUCCGCCCCUCUUGAGAUGUCCAUAGCGGAACUUCAGAAGGCGGAUGCUAUGAUUUUUGAGAUUCAGUAGCCACAAUUCCUUUUUGAUAAUUGUGUCCUGUUGUAAUGUUUUCCCCCCUUCAUCCUUCUCUUGGAGCUAGAUAUAUUUGACACAAGUAUAGAUUAACCAUCAGUAAGUGAUCGCAUGGUUGUAAUAUGGUUUUCGAUACAUAUUGGUAGCAAAUACUAUAGUGAACAUAUAUACUGAUAUACAUAAAUCUCACCUGCUUUUAUUGGCAGGCGAGAAAUUCAAGAACCUCGGAGACUUAAGAACAAUGUAUGCCUGUUUCAUUUCACACAUUGGGAAUGUAUAAUAAUGGUGCCUUUUCUGAAGUUUAUUCCCUUCAGUAAUUAGUAGGGCCAAUCCCCAGGUGUUGAGAAGUGGCCUUGCUCACGUACGACACAGUAGUGGUGAGCGUGGAGCACACAUGCUUGCAGGCAAGGAGCUAUCGCCAUCAUGAUCAGCAUCAUCAUUGUGU